AUGUAUGUAGUAGUGCAUGUUGUCAAGGGCUCAGUGCGCGUGAGAUCUGACGCAAAUGGGAAGGUAAAGCGCACUGUGUCUAGGUGUCCUGACGGAUCCACGCGAGCUGGCGGCACUUGUGUCAACGUGAACGAGUGUUUGGCAAACCCGUGCCUGAACGGCGGGGAGUGCGUUGAUCGCGAACCGGCUCGCCGCUACGACUGUAUCUGUGCGUUCGGAUACGCCGGCCAUGACUGCGAAUUAGAACUGCUCGCGUCGGGAAUCAUCAUGCCCUCCAGAGAUUUCAUUAUAGCUAUCAUUGUCUGUUUGUUUUUGCUUUUAGUUCUGGUUCUGGUAUUCGUGGUAUACAACCGACGGCGAGAGGCUCACAUCAAGUACCCUGGCCCUGAUGAUGAUGUGCGGGAGAACAUCAUCAACUACGAUGACGAAGGAGGUGGUGAGGACGACAUGACGGCCUUCGACAUCACUCCUCUACAAAUACCUAUUGGUGGACCGCUUCCAGAUCAUGUUCCAACAAAAUUACCUUAUCCUCUGAUGAGUGUUGGCCUAGGAGUUGGUCCAAUGGGUGUAAGCGUGGCACCACCACUCGGCGUUUCCUUGCCCGGCGAGACCAAUGUUGGAAUGUUCAUUGAGGACCAUAAAAGGCGGGCGGAUAGUGACCCCAAUGCCCCGCCUUUUGAUGACUUGAGGAACUACGCCUAUGAGGGAGGCGGCAGCACUGCUGGAUCGUUGUCUUCGUUGGCUUCCGGCACUGACGAUGAGAACCACGAAUACGGCUACAUUACUGCUUGGGGCCCUCGCUUCGACAAAUUGGCUGACCUCUACGGACCCGAACUUGACGAACAACUGUAG